GUGGGCUUUUAUGCGCUCUACAGUGCAGGAGCACAGCGCCUUCAGAUUCGCUGUCCAGCUGUAUAAUACCAAACAAAAUGUGGGCGGAGAAACUUUCCAUCUCAUUUAUUGACAACUCGAAUCCCCCAAUUUCGUCACAAAGGUGUGGUACCACGAUACUAACUUCAAAGAAUGCCCCCCCCAUUUUAGUUACACAGGAGAGGGAAAAGGGCCAGCAAUUUGCCUGGCAUCACUUUAAUAUAAAUGGUCAUUUACAGUGGGAGAACAAGUAAGUGUGAGUACACAUGCCGAUUUUGCAGGUUUCCACUUACAAAGCAUGUAGCGGUCUGUAAAUUUUAAUCAUAGUACAAUUCAACUGUGAGAGACAGAAUCUAAACAAAAAUCCAGAAAAUCACAUUGUUAUGAUUUUAAGUAAUUAAUUGACACUGUAUUGCUGACAUAAGUAUUUGAUCACCUACCAACACAGUAAGAAUUCGGCUUCACAGACCUGUUAGUUUUUCUUUAAGAAGCUCUCCUGUAGACUCACUACUUACCUGUAAUUAACUGCCCUCGUUUGAACUGUUACCUGUAUAAAGACAGUGUCCACACACUCAAUCAAAACUCACCUCUCCACAAUGGCCACAGACCAGAGAGCUAGACACGAAGGACAUCAGGGCAUAAACACACUGUAGACCAGCACACAAGGUGGUAUGGGCUACCAGAGACCCAAUAGGGCCGCAGCUUGGUGAGAAGCAGACAGAAACCACCUUGGCAACAAUGUUGGCGCAAUUAUUAGAAAAUGGAAGAAGUUUCAAGAUGAGGUCAAUCACCCUCGGUCUGGGGCUUCCAUGCAAGAUCUCACCUCGUGGGGCAUCAAUGAUCAUGAGGAAGGUGUGAGGGAUCAGCCCGACAAUACACACGGCAGGGAACCUGGUCAAUGACCUGAAGAGAGCUGGGACCAGUCUCAAAAGAAAACCAUUAGUAAACACAAUACGCACUCAUGGAUUAAAAUUUCCUUGCAGCGCACGACAAGGCCCCUGCUCAAAGCCAGCACGCAUGUCCAGGACCGUCUUGAAGUGGCAAUGACCAUCUGGAUGAUCCAGAGGAGGAAUGGGAGAAGUCAUGUGUCGAUGAGACAAAAAUUAUAGCUUUUGGUCUAACUCCCCAUCGCAGUGUUUGGAGGAGAAGAAGGCUGAGUACAACCCAAGAACCACCAUCCAACCGUGAAGCAUGAGGGGCAACAUAAGUCUUGGGGGCUGUUCGCAAAGGGGACAGGACGACUGCACAGACAUUAGGGGAGGAUGGUCGGGGCCAUGUAUCGCGAGGACUCAUGGCAAACAAACCCCUUCCCUCAGUAAGAGCAUGCAGGAUGGGUAGUGGCUGGGUCUUCCAGCCAUGACAACACCGAAACAACGCCCAGGGCAACUAGACACGUGGCUACUCCGUAAGAAGCAUCUCAAGGUCCCUAUCUAAAAUCUUUGGGAGGGGCCGGGAGGUGAAAGUCCCGUAUUGCCCAGCGACAGCCCCAAAACCUGAAGGAUCUGGAGACAGGUUGUCACCUGAGGGUGGGCCCAAAAUCCCUGCUUUCUUGCAGGUGUGCAAACCUGGUCAGACACAGGAAACAUAUGAUCUCUAUAAUUGCAAACAACCGAGCUUUUCUGUACCCAACAUUUAAGUUCUGCUUUCUGAUGUAUUCACAAAUACUUAUGUCAUGAAUAAAAGGCAAAUAAAUUACUUAAAAAAUCAUACAACGUGAUUUUCUGGAUUUUUGUUUUACGAUUCCGUCUCUCACAGUUGAAGUGUAGUGGUACCUAUGAUAAAAAUUACAGACUUACAGCUUUGUAGAGGAAAACCUGCCGAUUUGCAGGUUAUUCAAAUACUUGUUCUCCCCACGUAUUUAGGAAAAUCACAUAGCCUAAUGCUUAUUUGUUUCAUAUAGGAAUCAUUACAUUUCAAAGAUAGCUAUAGACGAUGCAUUAAAAGAAUAACAGUAAUUUAACUUUCACUCAACUAGCCCACAGGCUACAGAACGAUACCAUCGUAACUGACUCGCUUUGUCUUGCACCAUGCGGACAAAAUGUAUAGUGGCGUCCGCGCGAUUCAUUCCCAGCCCCACGUCUGCAGCGGCUGCAUGGCGAGGAUGCUGUUAUAAUUCAAAGUCAGAUCAAGUUAAUCAACGUCCCCUGCUGGCUCAAUUGGAUCCUUAUACACAAAAAUAUCCUCUUCUCGCUCCGCCUACCAUCUUGAGAAAGUCUGUGCCUUUUUUCUCACGGAGAGAUUCGCUCUGUGUGUUCUUAGGCUCCAGUCUAAAUGUAUAUAACUGUAGUCCACAGUGAGAGGUGAGAGCAACCUUACAAUCGGGCGGAUUUUAUGCGCCAUAGGUUGUGUCCUUACAUGGUUUCCUAUAUCAGAUUGUUUGAGGAGUUCAUUCAGAGGUCUGAGAAACUGGGGAAUCGCUAAUAGCGACUGUCCUUUUUUUUGGUGGCUUUUUGGUAAAUCGCAUGGAGCGUUUCCAAACAGAUAAAUAUAGGUAAGUUAUAUUUGAAUACUAACAUGUUUUAUUUAGCCAAAAAGAAAACGAGAUAAAUGUACAUUAACAGCUGGUGUGGUGGUGACUUCAUUUACACGGAGUAUUAUUGGCAUAAUUUAAUUGUCAGUUCAUCAGUAAGAACCUAACGAGAGUAGCCACCUACUAAGAGAAAAACAAUGCGCUUGAGAGUGGGGAGGGUAAAGAAAAAUCACCAAAGUUGCACAUACUGCCUAUUUAAGUAUAUUAUACGAACUUUACACCAAUUCAUGGGCAGUAUAGAUUAUACAUUAACAAAUGAAUCACAGUUGAAAUAUGGUGAUGUGUUUCCAGUAAAAAAAGCAAUGUUAUCCAGUUAGUUAUGUGAAUACCUUGGUGCGUAAAAUAGGACUGAAAUUUGUCGACAUGAUUGAAAAUAAUUAUAGGACUGAUAUGAUGUCAUACUAUGUUUUCAUGAAACAGAAUAAGAGGAACUAAGCUAUGCAAUUCUUCCCAUUCUCCUCUCCUCUUGUCUAUAGGUGGGACUUUUUAUGCGCUCUACAGUGCAGGAGCACAGCGCCUUCAGAUUCGCUGUCCAGCUGUAUAAUACCAAUCAAAAUGUGACGGAGAGAAACCUUUCCAUCUCAAUUAUAAUG